AUGGCCCACAUUAGGUCUGAAGAAACAACACUUGAGUGGUUUGGUGCCACUACGUUUCGGUUGCGUAGCAAAGGAGUAACCAUCUUCCUGGACACCUGGCUGGACAGACCCUCGGUUCUUCCAGUAUACCUAUCCGUCAACGAUGUCACCGAAGCAGACUAUAUCUUUAUAUCGCACGCACAUUUUGAUCAUCUCCCAGGCGCGGAUCGCAUUGCCAUCAAGACCGGGGCGAUUGUGAUCGCGAACUGCGAAGCAAUAUCUCAUCUCAGAGCCGCGGGCGUUCCAGAAGCACAAUUGAUGCCCGUCGCAGGUGGUGAGCGGAUUCCUCUUUUCACCAAAGGCUUUCGUCAAGCCGCAGCCGCUGGAAUAAUAGAGCUUCAGCCAGGACCUCCAGCAGCGCCACCCGUUCCACAUCACUCACUGGCUGCCUUUUCUGUUCAUGUCUGGCCAUCCCUUCAUUGCCUGAUGCCCGGAAGCCAUACGGAUAUCCCGGAUGUGAUUGACUCUGGGAAGAGGUACACAGGCGAAGCCAGUCCAUACAGCUGCACAGUUGAUGUCAAUCGUGGUAUGAAGUAUGGGCUUCUCAACAUGGGAAAUUCGAUGCCUCGAGAUGCGAUGGUUGCAGGCGUGCAAUCCUUCGUGGAUUACAUUUCCGAUAAACGCAAUGUCUUUUCAGGCUACGAUGGUGGCCAACUGAUGUACAAUAUUCUCUUGGGCGACAAGACGAUACUCUGGAGUGCUCACCUGGGUGCCUACAAGGAAAUCAUGGUUAAUCUGGAGCCGAAACCAGAUCUAGCAAUCUUAGGUAUUGCCGGUCGUGGGAACUUGAAUGGUCGACCAUACGAUGGCUCGGCUGCAGAGUUUGCGGUAGAUGAAAUCAAAUGGCUGAAAGAACCGAAAACAAUCAUUUGGUGCUUGCAUGACGAGAGUGCUAUAAAACCGUAUAGGAUCGAUACUGGGCCUGCCACGGAGAGGGUACAUCGAAAGACUAGGUCGAAGGUUUUAUCCAUGGAACACGGAGUGCUGAUCAAGUUGGAUUCGUGA